AUGAAGAAAAUUGUUUGUGUCGCAAUCGUUGGAAAGGGAAAUAACCCAUUAUUUAUUCAAGAUUUUUCAUCAAGUAUAACUGAUGAAAAUAAAUUAAAAUUACACUAUAUCGUUCAUUGUUCAUUAGAUAUUAUAGAGGAUAAACCUGGUUCAAACAAAAAGUUACCAAGUGAUAUGUAUUUAGGUUUAUUAUACCCAACUGAAGAUUAUAAAGUAUAUGGAUAUUUAACAAACACAAAAAUUAAGUUCAUUAUUGUAGUUUUAGAUACAUCAGAUAUUAAAGAUUCUGAUUUAAAAUUAUUUUUUAAGAGAUUACAAACAUUAUUUAUAAAUACAACAAGCAAUCCAUUUUAUAAACCAAAUAGUAAAGUAGAAUCUAAAAAGUUUUUACAAGAAGUAACAAAUCUUGUACCAUCAUUGUAA